GUCAAGUUAUAAUAAAUACUGAACCUAAUAAACUAGUUGAUGGAGAAUCUGAUAGUGUUACCUGUUAUUAUAACAAUGUAAUAUACAGUCAAGUUAUAAUAAAUACUGAACCUAAUAAACUAGUUGAUGGAGAAUCUGGUCAAGUUAUAAUAAAUACUGAACCUAAUGAACUAGUUGAUGGAGAAUCUGGUCAAGUUAUAAUAAAUACUGAACCUAAUGAACUGGUUGAUGGAGAAUCUGGUCAAGUUAUAAUAAAUACUGAACCUAAUGAACUAGUUGAUGGAGAAUCUGGUAGUGUUACCUGUUAUUAUAACAAUGCUUAUACAAUAACUUUAUCUCGAUCUGGUGAUGAUAGUAAUAUAGCUAACUGUUUUGUUACUAUACAAGAACAAGAUUGUAAUAUCCUAAAUCCUGGAUGUGAAAACAACUAUACCGACUAUAGAGAAUUCUAUACAGCAUCUAAAACAACUACUAGUGUAACUAUACAUAUUGAUACAGUAUCUAAACAAAGAGAUGAUGGUAUCUGGAGAUGUAGAGUGGAUGAACUUCCAUCUGAAUCAUUUCAAAUCAAUAAAACUAUUAAUGUUAAAGUACCAGUUAAAGGUGUCGAAAUAGAAAAUAAAAACAGUCUAAAUCUAGUAAAUGGAGUGUCUACCACAAUGAAUUGUAAAGUCACCAAUAAUCCUGAUCCAGUAAUAAAUUAUAGAUGGUUUAUAGUAGAAACAGAUCAAAUAUUAUCAACAUCAUCAUCUUUCCGAUUGACACCAAAUAAAAAUCAAAAUGGUCAAACUCUAUCAUGUUCAGCAGACAAUGGAUAUGGUAGUAGUAAAUCUGAUACUGUUAUUCUAGAUGUCAAGUAUGAGUUAGAGCGAAUGCAGGGUCAUCCUCGUCCCAGCUCAUGCAGACCCGUCACGCUCCAUCCACCACUAGCGACUAAACGGUACACUACUGUCCAGCUCCAGAUGAGUUAG